CGGAGGUUUUCUCCUGUCACUCAGCCAUCUCGAUCCUCGAUACUGACAGUCUCAAGUGAGAGGAGUGGAAUGACAAAAUGGACCAAAUCCUGGAUGAAAUGGCAGAGAUACCUUGCUCUCUCUUUACAGCGACGCUGGGCCUGAAAAUUCCAUCAGAUUCCGCAGGAUUGACAGGCCCCAGCAGCCCAAUUUGAUCCUACCUAGUUGCUCGACCUUCCCUGAUCCAGCAGUCGCCUGCCCCGAUCUUCUUUUGCUUUUCUGAUCCAGCUUCCCCUCUUUUUUCUUUUUCUUUUCUCAACCUAUCUUUCCCUUUUUCCCCUUCUGUGGGUUGCGAUUUCCCGCGGUAUUCUUACUCGGCUGUUCAUCGCUAUGGUCAAAGACGAGGAAAAGAUCGCCGUUGGCGAGGACCCUACCUCGUCUCCAGAAGUCGCACCCCUCGAGAAUCUCAACAAAAGUCGCUGGGAGCGCAGCUGGCCGACCAUUGCUUGCGGCGCUGGUCUUUUUUCUGAUGGCUAUCUCAACGGGGUAAUCGGGUCCGUCAAUACGAUGCUUAGCAUGAUCUACGCCGAAGCGUAUACUAAAUCCUCUGCGAGCAAGAACGUCUCGUCCAUCGCGUUCGCCGGUACUGUUGUUGGGAUGCUCUUUUUCGGUGUUCUGAGCGACCACUGGUCCAGGAAAGGCUCUCUCUUGGUUUCUACGCUGGUCCUCAUCUUGUUCGCGAUCCUGUGCACCGCCGCGUACGGUUACAAUGGAAGCACUUACGGUCUUUUCGCUGCCCUUGCCGCCUAUCGCUUCUUCUUGGGUAUUGGUAUUGGAGGAGAGUAUCCCGCCGGGUCGGUUGCCGCAGCCGAGAGCAGCGGCGAACUGAAAAAGGGCCACCGGAACCGCUGGUUCAUCAUGUUCACCAAUCUGCAAAUCGAUUUCGGUUUCGUUACUUCGGCUCUGACGCCCAUGAUCCUGGUCUUGAUUUUCACCGAGAACCACCUGCGUGCGGCCUGGCGUAUGGCCUUGGGUCUCGGCAUCAUCCCUCCAUUGAGCUUGCUCUAUCUCCGACUCAAACUGAACGAGCCCGAGGAAUUUAACCGUGAGCGCAUGCACAAGUUUCCUGUCUGGCUGAUCAUCAAAUUCUAUUGGAAGCGCCUGGCUGUCGUUUCUCUCAUCUGGUUCGUGUAUGACUUCUCCGCAUACUCCUUCAGCACCUACUCCUCCGCGUGGCUCGCCAUCAUCCUCGGCGAUGAAUAUCCGCUGUGGAAGAGCUUCGGCUGGAAUACGGUGAUCAACCUGUUCUAUAUCCCCGGCUCGGUCGCCGGUGCUUUUGCGAGUGACUGGCUGGGUCCCCGCAAGACCCUUGCAAUCGGCGUCGGGCUUCAAGGCGUCAUUGGCUUCAUCAUGUCUGGUUGCUACGAAUACCUCAAUACGCCCAAGAACGUUGCCGCCUUCGUAGUUGUCUAUGGAAUCUUCCUUGCCCUUGGUGAAUUCGGCCCCGGCGACAACAUCGGCCUUUGUGCCGCCAAAACAAGUGCUACCUCCAUACGCGGUCAGUACUACGGUAUCGCUGCUGCCUUCGGUAAAGUCGGCGCCUUUGUCGGCACAUACAUCUUCCCAAUCAUCCAAGACAACGCCCCCAACGCGAUCAGACGAGGCCAGGACCCCUUCUUUGUGUCUAGCUCCCUGUGUAUCUUUAGCGCUGCCCUUGCGAUUUUCUGUCUCCCACAUAUUGGCCAGGACACCAUCACCGAUGAGGACCGUAAAUUCCGGAAGUACCUACAGGAACAUGGGUAUGAUACGUCUACUAUGGGGCAGACUCAGACCCCGCAGCCGACUGAGGAAGCGUAG